ACCUGGCGACUUUCACCUGAAGUGUUCAGUACAGUUACCUGCGGAAGACACGCGCGUGGGACACAUGACUUUCCCUCCCCCAAAAGCCCAGAAGACAAGUUACUUAGCCCUGAUCAAGAAAUGGAACAGUGCUGAAGUGAUGAACGAAUGACAUCUGAAGUUUAAAGCCAACAUUCAUUCAGGGAAGCAUUCAACCAUGAACAGGGCAAUAAGAGUCCUGGUCUCCCAGUCUAGAUACGUGUCACCGACGUUCAGACAGUCGACAGUAUUUAGAACUCCGUACUACUCUCAAAGAGUCAACCCUGGAGUCAGAUAUCUCUGUCUCGCCAGAACUCACACCACCGCGGAAGAGAAAGACAGCCUCAUAGAAAGGAUAGAAGGUUUCGAAGACCACACAGAAAUUCUGAACUUCAUCCACGACAACCAAGAAAGCUUCACCCCCGUACACUUCAAUAAAGCCUUGGACACCCUGUGGUUGAUUCAGUCCCAGAAAGACAAAUACCAACAGAGUUUUGAUGUGAUACAGAAGAACCCCAUGUUUGUCAGAGUUUGUGAGAUGAUCCUUCAACAACUGGAACGGGAAAAUGUGGACAAUGAUAUCGUGAUAACCAAUCUCUACUCGCUCUCACGACUGGGACUUGACGCCUCGAACCUCCUUUCUCAGCACCUGUUCUUGAAAGGCUGCAGAAGCGUGAAUGAUUUGGACAUUCCUCAGUUGUCCAAGUUCGUCGCGACGCUGCGUUACAUUGGCCCGAUGUACUACAGGAGCCCGGUAAUGACAGAGGUAAUAGAGAUCGUGCAAAAUCACCUGGGCGACAUAACCAACAUCCGCGAAUUCUCGCAGUUGAUGAUAGGCAUGGCGAGGCUGUCCUCCCCAGAUCUGAACCAGCAGUUGGUGGAGAAAGCCAUGGAACUCAUGGUUCACUGCGAGGACGACAGAAAUCCGAACAACGUCGGGAGAAUCCUGCGAGCCCUGAACAACAUGAGGAUGAGACACCAGAAGCUGCUGGAGAUGAUCAGCCAGUAUUUCCUUGCAGUGUUGGAUGAACUGGACAUUCAUACUAUGUUUAGAAUCAAAGAUGCCUUGAAGGACCUCAACUACCGCAACAGGGCCUUGGAGGAGGGCUUUCGGAGGCGUCUGUUGUUUUUAAUGCCUGAGUCAAACGCGUACGACAGCUUUCCUAAGUCAAUGAUUCCUUGCCUUCUUUGGUGUCUUGGCCCCACAGCAUCGUCACAAGUAAAGCAGAAUCUAGAAACCCUUGCUUUGAAACAACUGCCAGACCAUAUCCAAGAGACUGAACUGGUGACACUCCUUCAAGCCCUUGAGGCAAUGGGUUGUCGUAACGACAGUCUUCUACAUAAAGUGUCCAGGCUAGCCCUGCCUCAUAUAAAUCACGAACACACGAAGUUGAGACCUGUGCUCCAGACAGCCAAAACUUUCAUUGCAACAGGUUACGAAGAUCAAGCCUUCCUGUCGCAGCUGAGAUACACGCUUGUUUCCAUCGUGGGAGCCACGUUCAAACCUGCCGUGGUCGCAGAGUGCGUGAGCUGUCUGUCCCAACUUCCUGGAGGGAAGCUCGAAGACGCCGUGGUCAAGAAAAUCCACACGAUGCUGCCUCAGUUUACCUUCGUGGAACUGGGGCUGAUCACCCAGAGCCUUCGUACACUCACAAGUAACACCACGAUGCAGAAAACCGACCAGAAAGCUCUGUCUGACCUGUUCAGAAAUGUGAACACCACUGUGAUCGAGCGGCUACACAACGUGACGACCUUCCGAACGCUUCACAAGGUCGUCCUGUCUUACUACGUCGAGUCGCCAACGUGGACGUCGACCUUCCUUCUCGAAGAGGUCAUCAAAUGGUACGAGAGGAACCUGGGUGAAGCAGACAGACUGACGAGGAACAACUUGGCCACCUGGGCGAUGGUGAUGUCCCGGACUCGCAUUCAGCAUGGCCUGAUUCUCGACACGCUUGCCAAUGCCGCCGUCAGAAAGAUGCACACCCUGCAGAACGACCAGCUCCUCACCAUACUGUCUGUGUUCGGUUUCCUGAACUACAGUCCCACCAAUGCGGAGGAGUUUUUCGGUGCCUGCGUGGACACCAUUGUGAAGAGGCUGUGGACCAUUCCGCCCCACAUCCUGGUGAGACUGGCCUACUCACUAGCACAGCUGCAGCAACUGCCUGCUGACAUCGUGAAGAGGGUGUUUCAGGUCAAGUUUCUAGAGCAACUGGACACAUACCUGGAGAGAUCAAAGGACCACCACAACGCCCAGUUACGGGACACCCUGAUGCGCGUGAAUCGCGCUGUGGUACUGGAGUAUCCUGAGUACGACAUUCCGUGGUUCCACGGUCAAUACUGCUGCGAAGUUGCAAAAAAAGUUCCCGUUCUGGACGGAGUUGAGAGACAGGUGCAGGAGGUCCUGACUGAUGUCCUGGGGGGACCCCAGUUUGUCAGGUCAAAGGUCAUCUCUCCCUACUUCCAAACAAUAGAUUAUGAGUGUUACCUGACAGAAGAAGGCUCUGCCCUGCCUUGUGUGGAGUAUGGAGACUUCUGGAACAGAGCCGAGGGAUGCUGGCAGAAGGCUACCAAACCCCUCCCUGCUACAGCACACAGGGUUGCUAUUGACUACCAGGAUGCACGCGACUUUUGUCGGAACUCCCAGCACCUGUUAGGGCACGUGGCCAUGCGGAAGCGCCACCUAGAGAUUCUUGGAUAUACUGUCAUUCAGGUCCCUCACUUUGAGUGGAACUCCAUGAAGCUGGCCACUGAAGAGUCGUGGAAGGAGUACCUGCAACAGAAGCUCUCUGCUGCAGUUGGGAGAUAGGCCACUAGGUGGCAGCGAUGACUGUGUAUGCCAAAGUUUAAUGCAUACUAGUAAUUGUUGCAGUUUGGAGUAAUAUGAACUGAAGGAGACUAUGAUUAUUACUGUAAAUCAAAUGAUACAGAAAUUCUUUUGAAUAUUGAGGGAAUCAGCAGAA